UAUAACCCUCCCCGUCUCUCCGCCCACCGUGGACUCCAUCUCACUCACUGCUCCAACAAAGCAUUUCUGCAGCAAAUCUCAAAGGCGUAUGUGGUUGUGUUUCCUGUGUGUCAGACCUGAGUGAUGGCUCGUCGUGUUGCCGUGGUCGGAGGGGGCAGUUCAGGUCUGGCCUGCAUCAAGUGCUGUCUGGAUGAGGGGCUGCAGCCCGUCUGCUUUGAGAGCAGCGAUGACAUGGGGGGUCUGUGGAGGUUCAAGGAGAAUCCAGAGGCGGACAGAGCCAGCAUCUACCACUCUGUCAUCAUCAACACCUCCAAGGAGAUGAUGUGUUUCAGUGACUUUCCCAUCCCGGCACACUUCCCCAACUACAUGCACAACUCCCUCAUCAUGGACUACUUCAGGAUGUACGCCGACCACUUCCAGCUCACCAAACACAUCCGCUUCAACACCAAAGUGCUGCAGGUGAAGCAGAGGUCAGAUUUCUCUCAGUCUGGUCAGUGGGACAUCGAGACGGAGAACAAGGAGGGUAAAAAGGAGAAACACAUUUUUGAUGCAGUGAUGAUCUGUAUUGGACACCAUUGUCAACCCAACCUGCCCCUACACGACUUCCCAGGCAUCGACACCUUUAAAGGACAGUUCUUCCACAGCAGGGACUACAAGACUCCGGAGCAGUGGAGGGACAAAAAGGUGGUGGUGAUCGGGAUAGGAAACUCCGGAGGAGACAUCGCAGUAGAGCUCAGCAAAGUCACCAAACAGCUGUACCUGAGCACCCGGCGGGGAGCUUGGAUCCUAAACAGAGUCGGGGACAAUGGUCUGCCCUUGGACAUGCUGUUUAACAGAGCGAUUGAGCUCUUGAAGAAUGUUCUGCCCUUUAAUUUCUUCUCAGGACUUGUGGAGAGCCAGCUCAACAAAAGAUUCGACCACACUCUGUACAACUUGAAGCCACAGCACAGGUUGUUCAGCCAACAUCCCACAGUGAACGACGAGCUUCCAAACCGCAUCCUGUCAGGUACCGUUCAGGUGAAACCAAACGUGCGCAGGUUUCAGGGCUCCAGUGUGGAGUUUGAUGAUGGGAGUGUGGUGGAGGACGUGGACCUGGUGGUGUUUGCCACAGGUUACAGGUUCUCCUUCCCGUUCCUGGCCUCUCAGGUGCUCUCAGUGUCUGACAACAAAGCAUCUCUCUACAAGUACGUGUUUCCUCAUGAGCUGCAGCGCCACACACUGGCCAUCAUCGGCCUGGUGCAGCCACUGGGAGCCAUCAUGCCAAUCUCUGAGAUGCAGGCCAGGUGGGCCACUCGAGUCUUUAAAGGGUGCGCAAAGCUCCCCUCAGUGGUCGACAUGAUGAAAGACAUCCAGUGCAAGAAGAAGACCAUGGCUCAAAGGUAUGUGAGCAGUCAGAGACACACCAUCCAGGUGGACUACAUCAGCUACAUGGAUGAGAUCGCAGAGCAGGUGGGGGUCCGACCAAGUGUGCCGAGGCUGCUGCUGACCGACCCCAGGAUGGGACUCAACGUGUUGCUGGGUCCCUGCACGCCAUACCAGUAUCGUCUCGGAGGCCCCGGCAAGUGGGCGGGGGCCCGUCAGGCCAUCCUCACCCAGUGGGAGAGAGUGACUCAGCCCUUGCAGACCCGGCCCUGCCCAGCAGCUGAACCCCACAGGUCGUUUCUGUGGCCCCUGAUGGUGUCAGCUGUCGUUGUUGCCGUGGCCUUCUACAUCAACAGGAGCAAGCUUCCAACUUUCCUCCAAGAUCCCACUGAGCUGCUGGAGAGGAUCAAAGUCUUCAUGCCUGCUCUGUGAAAAUUUCAUACUGGUUUAUCACAUACUGGUUUGUUUAAAUACACACCCAGUGCAAAAAGCCAAUUAUUACAGCAGAAACAAGCAUGUUAACGACAGGUCUAAUUAGCCUGUCUCGAUCAGCACACACUACAGGGGUUGAAUUUUUUGACAACUCAUCCAUUUUGAUUUUAUGAAGGAUAAGAGUUAUUAACAGUAUGACGCGUAGCUGACCAUAUUAACAGGAGGGCUAAAUGUAACGGUUUGUCAAGAGGCUGAAAACUCACCUCAGCUCCAUCUCUCAACCUGUCGUUUUCUUGAUUGAAAGUUGGGAUGAGACAGCGUUUCGAGCAUGGCUACAAACCAUAGAUUGGACUCCAAAGCCCCCUGCAGUACCAGAAGGACGAAAUCAGUCAGGCGAUUAGUUAUGUUUUCAUGUUCACUGUGAAAAACACAUUUCCCAUAGGAGCAAUAGAGGCUUCAUUCAGUCAUUCAUUUUAAAUGAAAUCAUGUCUUAAAGGAUUUGGUUUAUACUUGUAUUUUAUACAUGUUCACCACAUACCUUAUCACUUGUAGGAGAUACACACUGACUUGUUUUUCUUUACAUUGCUUUAAAAAUAAUUCUUUUUCAUAUCAGUAUUUUUGUUGAAUGACACAUUUACCUUACAUGGAUGUAACACAGCUUUAAUUAUGUUUUAUUAUUGUCUUUGUAUUGUAUGAUUACAAAGGUCUCUCUGUCA